AUGAAUAAAUUUAUUAUUUUCCAAUUUUUUGUUUUAAUUCAAUUCUUUUUAUUUUAUGAAGCUUUUCUAACUGAAAACAAUGCUGAAUUGGCUGAAGUUGAAGUUUUAGAUCCAAACGUUCGUUUACGUGCAAAACGUUUAUGUACGGUUAUGUUUUGUUAUGACCGUUGUCCUGGCGUGAUUACUAAAAAUCCGUGUUGA